AUGUCACUCGCUUUACGAAAUUCAUUCGAAAAUCUGCAAGUCAUCGACUAACUCGAAUUUCCCUUAGAAAAAUGGGAAAACAUACCUGAGAUAGUUAAAAUAUCUUUUCUACAAAUGAAUAAAUAAAUGAUGCAGAUGAGUAACUUUCUUUAAAAGUUAGCUCUCCCUGAAAAAAUUAGUGAGCUUUAACUCCAAAUUGAUAGCGUGCAGCAUUCCUAUAACAAUUUUACAACAUUUACUUACGUUAAAGAUUAAGAGUAAAUCGAAACCCAUUUAAAGCAGAUAGAUUAGUAGUUAGGUUCCAAGAUAGACAACUUGUAUGAAGAAACAAACAAUCUUUAGAGAGCUUAAAAGCUUAUUGAUAUUAAUCCUAAUGAAGAAUCAGAAUAAUUUGUUCAAAAUAAUAAGAAUUUCGAUCUGCAUUACAAUAAUUUAUCUAAUACUUCAGAUAAAUCAGAGAAAACUUAAUUGGAUAAUGCUAAAGUCAUAUGGAAUAUGAUUAACACAUUUAUAAUUGAAAGUCAUAUACCUACGGAGUUAUAAAAAAUAGAAGAAAAACUAGAAGCCUAAAGAAUUGAAUUUGAAAAAAAGCUUAGUUAAAAUAUUCAGCCAAAGAUAAUUGAGUAAGGAGAGCAAAUAAAGGCUUUAGAUACAAAUUUAAUUCACAAAGAAAAAAAGCUAUAAUUUUAAAUAGAACAAAUUAACUAAAAUGACUUCUAAGGAAUGAAGCAGCAAAUCAGGGAAAGCAAAGAGUAUUUACAAAAAAAUUAGCAAUUUUAAACAGCUCAAACUCAAGUUAAUAACACUGUAUAACAAAAACAACAGGAAAUUAUCUUAGAUUACAACACAAAGAUAUAGCUUGUUUAGAAAGAUACAUUUGAAUUUUAGAGGAAAAUAGAUCAAAUAAAAUCUAUUACUGAAAAUAUGAUUUCUCUCUUUCAACAUAAUUCUGAGUAAAACUAAGAAAAAAUCUAAAAAAAUAUUCAUGAGUGUUCUAUGAGGAUACAGAAAUUAGAGAAUUUUUAUAGUCAAGAAUUAGGAAGCAUAAAUAUGCAAAUAGAGCACAAUUAGAAAGCCCAGUUUGUCUCUUUGAAAGAGGAAGUAGACUUGCUUAAUAAAAAAAUUUCUAAAAAUACAAAAGAUUCAUAUUAAGAAAUACAAAAAUUAGAGAAUGCAAUUAAUGAUAUAUUUCCAAGAUUCAAACAUUAUUAAUUAAAAAAUAAAGAGUUGGAGUCUUAAAUUAAUAGCGUGAUUUCUUUAACUUAAUAGGAACUUAAGAAUAACGUCAAAAAUAUAGUAAAAGAAUCUCUGUCGGGAAGUGAAGAAAAAAUUAUUUUUUUAGAGGGACUUAUUGAAAAUUUAAUUAACUUACUUUACUAAAAUGCAUAGGAUAGAAUUAGUGGAUUAGGUGGAGCGAGCGUUUUACCUAUGAUUACAAAAGAUAUCAAAAAUUUAAAUUAUGAUACUAAUGCUAUGAUUUAAAGUACUUUAAAUACUUCAUAGGUGUUAUUAGAUGAUCAGUCACCUAAGAAAAUAGCAACAGAAAAAUCUAUUUAAGAAAAAGAAGAGCUACCUAAUUCAAUAUUAAAAUCUCAAUAGCUAGAAAAUGUUAAGUUUUUAAGUGAACUUCAUACUAAACCUUUAAUUCUUAAGUCCCCAAUCAAAUUUAGUUCAACCUUAAAGAAAGCAAAUGAAAAUUUAUCAAGGACAGAAAUCUAACUUGUACUUUCAGAUAAUUAGUAAAAGCACCCAAUACACUCAAAAUAGAAAAAUCAAGGUACUUAACCGGUAAGAGCUAGGAAUAAUAGUCUUGGAUUAGCACCUUCAAAUAGUCUAAGUCCCAUCAAGCUUAAGCUAAACUAAGUAAAGGUUUAAAGUACAGAAGAGAGUAAAAACAUUGAUCUCAGUAAAACUGUAUAUCCUCGAUUCAAUACAACUAAUUUUGAAAGAAAAAAUUUUAGAUCAUAAUCCCAAGAAUUUAUGGAAUUCGGAAAAAUCAAAUAACCCCCAUCAGGUGUGCUUAAUUCUGAUCAUAUAUUUUGUAUGGAACUAGAGGCCUUCAAACAAUAGUUAACCAAUUCACGUAAAGACAAUACCGAAAAAAGGUAAAAAUGGAGCAACUCAGGUUCACCUAAUUGA